CGCCAUCAUCUGCCGCCGUGCGGGGAGCAGGUGGUGUCGGAGGUGCGAGCAGCGAGAAGCGCUUGGGCAAAGCUGACGGACGUCUCCCGGUGGGGCUGAGCAUCUGGAGCGCCGGACCGGAGGCGGCGACCCCGACCUGACCUGACCUGACCUGACCCGGACCCUAAAUCUGUCCCCGCCCGCCGGACGCACGCGCGCACUCCGGUCGCCCCACGCGGCGGCGCAGCCUGUGUACGUCUGCAGAUUUCCAGGGGAGCCCACCAACGCAGCCACCAUGGCCUCUGAAGAUAUUGCCAAACUAGCAGAGACGCUCGCCAAGACCCAGGUGGCCGGGGGACAGCUGAGUUUCAAGGGCAAGAGCCUCAAACUCAACACUGCAGACGAUGCCAAAGACGUGAUUAAGGAGAUUGAAGACUUUGACGGCUUAGAGGCCCUGCGCCUGGAGGGCAACACGGUGGGCGUGGAGGCAGCCAGGGUCAUCGCCAAGGCCUUGGAGAAGAAGUCGGAGCUGAAGCGAUGCCACUGGAGCGACAUGUUCACGGGGAGGCUGCGGUCGGAGAUCCCUCCCGCCCUGAUCUCUCUCGGGGAGGGACUCAUCACGGCCGGGGCCCAGCUGGUGGAGCUGGACCUGAGUGACAAUGCCUUCGGGCCCGACGGCGUGCGAGGCUUUGAGGCCCUGCUCAAGAGUUCCGCCUGCUUCACGCUGCACGAACUCAAGCUCAACAACUGUGGCAUGGGCAUCGGUGGUGGCAAGAUCCUGGCAGCAGCUCUGACCGAGUGUCAUCGGAAGUCUAGUGCCCAAGGUAAGCCGCUGGCACUGAAGGUCUUCGUGGCUGGCAGAAACCGUCUGGAGAAUGACGGAGCCACCGCCUUGGCAGAAGCUUUUGGGAUCAUUGGGACUCUGGAGGAGGUCCACAUGCCCCAGAACGGAAUCAACCACCCCGGCGUCACUGCCCUGGCCCAGGCCUUCGCCAUCAACCCCUUGCUGCGGGUCAUCAACCUGAAUGACAACACCUUCACCGAGAAGGGCGCCAUGGCCAUGGCCAAGACGCUGACGACCCUGCGGCAGGUGGAGGUGAUCAACUUCGGGGAUUGCCUGGUGCGCUCCAAGGGCGCCGUCGCCAUCGCAGAUGCCAUCCGCGGGGGCCUGCCGAAGCUGAAGGAGCUGAACUUGUCAUUCGGUGAGAUCAAGAGAGAGGCUGCUCUGUCUGUUGCUGAGGCCGUGGCAGACAAGGCGGAACUGGAGAAACUGGACCUCAAUGGCAACAUGCUGGGAGAAGAAGGCUGCGAGCAGCUGCAGGAAGUGCUGGAAGGCUUCAACCUGGCCACAGUGCUGGCGUCCCUCAGUGAUGACGAGGGUGAGGACGACGAGGACGAGGACGAGGACGAGGAGGAGGAGGAGGAGGAGGAGGAGGAUGAGGGAGAAGAGGACGAGGAGGAGGAGGAGGAGGAGGAGCCGCAGCAGGAGGAGCAGGGCGAGGGGCCGAGCGCGCCUUCACAGAAGGGCCCGGGCCCGAACAGCGGGGAACCAGCUCCUGUCCUGUCCUCCCCGCCUCCCGCAGACGUCUCCACCUUCCUGGCCUUCCCCUCCCCGGAGAAGCUGCUGCGCCUCGGGCCCAAGAGUUCCGUGCUAAUAGCCCAGCAGACUGACACGUCUGACCCGGAGAAGGUGGUCUCCGCCUUCCUGAAGGUGUCCUCCGUGUUCAAGGAUGAAGCCUCGGUGCGGACGGCUGUGCAGGACGCAGUAGAUGCUUUGAUGAAGAAGGCCUUCAGCUCGUCUGCCUUCAACUCCAACGCCUUCCUCACCCAGCUCCUCAUCCACAUGGGGCUGCUCAAGAGUGAAGACAAGAUCAAGGCCAUCAGCAACCUGCACGGCCCCCUGAUGACGCUGAACCACGUGGUGCAGCAGGACUACUUCCCCAAGGCCCUGGCGCCCCUGCUGCUGGCGUUCGUGACCAAACCCAACGGCGCCCUGGAAUCCUGCUCCUUUGCCCGCCACAAUCUACUGCAGACGCUGUACAAGGUCUAGACGCCAAGCUGGCCGCUGCCCGUCCCUCACCUGGACCAUGACUUGGGAAGGGACUCACCUGAAGGACUCUGGCUGUGGCAGGGACGGGCUUGUCUCACGUGUCAUGUCUCCUGAGUGUGUGUCGGUGUGGCGUACUUGCGGGCAUGUGCUUCUGGUCGGGGUUUGAGUUUUUCCUGUCUCCUUGCCGGACUGGCUCUGGUCCCACUGGAGCGGAGCUGACGGCCCCCAGGCGCCAGGGCCGCAGGCUGUUGUGCCAUUAAAGCUGCCGCCAUCUGAGGA